CUCCUCAUCCUCCUCCUCUUUCUCCUCAUCCUCCGCAUCUUCCUCCUCAUCCUCCUCUUCCUCCCCCCAGCAUCCUGCCACCCGCGACGGAGGGUCUGCGAAGAAGAACAAGAAGGAGCAGUGGUGGAGUGCCAAAGAAGGCUCCGCGAAGAGGAAGCAGGCGGCUGGCAAGCGACGAGAGGAAGGAGCGGAGUGGUACGAGGGUGGCGACGAAGAGUCGUGGGCCGAGGAGGGCGACGAGGGGUGGUGGGCCGAGGAGACAAGGCUCCUGCUGCCAAGAAAAAGAAAAAGAAAGCGAUGGAGGACGGGGCCGCGUACUGGGCCGAGGGCCUGGACGACGAGGCAUGGGACGAGGGCACGGGCGCGGCCUUGCCAAAGGCAGGCAAGGCCCGCCAGAAGGCGUCCAGCGCGAAGGAGGCUACGGAGUUCGAAGGCGAUGGCCUAGACGACGCCGUGGUGUUCCCAGAGGACUGGGAUGAGGACGAGCCGAGGUAGCCCCUGGCGGCGCCGCGGGGCGACUGCGGUGCUGCGGCGGUGCUGUGGCGCUGCGGUGCUCCCGCGGCGGCGGGCCCAGAAGCCCCCCCUGCAGUGCUGCGGCGGCGGGCUCUGCGCACGCCCUCGCCCCGGCCGCGCGCCGUGCGCGGCCGCGCGCCAUCGCCGGCGCGGCCCGGCACGGGCGCGACCGCUUGCAGGCGCAAGCGGCACCGGCACGGCCUCGAGGCAGGCGGGUUCGGGCGCGAACGCGAGCGGGGCGUGCGUCUGCGCGGCCGCGAGCGGGGCUGAGGGCCAGGCCACAAUGCCCUCCGCCGCUUCUCCCUGGC